GUUUGUGCUAUUUACUUUUAGUAAAAAUAAAUAUGUACAUUGUCUUUUGUUUUGCUCUGCAGCAGAAGGACAGCGUCUAACUGUAGGUGGAAAAUAUUAUGAAAAUUUAAUAACAUUGCGACAGUGAACUGCCAAACUGCGGCGUCAGGGCGUCAUGACAGAGUCGAAUGCAAUCGCACAAGAAUCGAACGAGUCAGACGAGGAUUGCGAGGUUUACUUUCUUAAACCAGUCAAUGAGUACAACAUCGUUGAGAAAAUCAUAGAAGCCAAUAAGGUGUUAUUUGAGGAGAUAACGACAGUAAACGACAAGACUUCGUACUCAGAAGGCAUUGCCGCCGCGGGCAACUUGGUGACCGAUUCAGAAACUGGUGCGUCCCUACGAAAAGUGACCUUCGCACCUAAUUUAGAAACAUACGAACCGGACAACGCACUCUUAGAGGCAUUAAAGCUGACACGAGAAUUCGAGGAGGCAGUAGCCGAAGCAAAAGAACUCGAUCGCAAGUUAACAAAUAUUUGCGCAUAUCAAACAAUUGUUGAAGAAGCGAACAUCAACGACGAAGCGCAACCAGACACAGAUGCUGAUGCAGCUGAUGCGAUAGAUCAAAAAGUCGCGGAAACUCUACUCUCAACAGAGUUAACGGAAACAAACGCCGCGAAUAUGCCAUCGCCAAUAGACGAAAACUCAAGCGUAGUACCGGAGCCGAAUGUUGAGGACGAUAUUGUAGAAGAGAUAUGUGAGGAAAUUGUAGUUAUGGACAUGGAGAGCGAGCAAGCACCGCCUGAGACGUCCGAUGCGCAAGUGAGUAAUCCACGCCGCAUGGUGAAGCUGCGCACAUUUGAUUGUGCAGAAGAGGAUCCACCUGAUACGAUUGAGACAGAGCAGGACAAUAAAAGUUUGGUUAACCUCCUGACCUCCGAUGGUGAGGAAGAGUGCUGUAGCGCUGCCACAUUCGAUAUCGACGUGGACAACAGUGAUCUCGAUGUGGACGAUAUUGACGUGGACACAAGCACAAAUGAACCGGACGGCAAUGCCAAUGCAGAUGUCGAAGAAGCGCUUAAUUCGGCCAAUAACGAUGGCACCAGUGCAGAGGGUUAUGGCGAUGAUGAGGAUGAUGAUGAUGACCUCUCAAUCAUAGUCGCCUCCUACUUACCCAAUGACUUCGAACAGAAACGCUUGGGCAGCGGUCGACGUAAUGCGGCGAAUAAAUCACGACGUCUGCUAGCGCCAUUAAGUAAACGCUUCUCAUUUCGUCGCAAAUCACUUGCACGCAACGCCAUUGGCACAACUUGCACAAAUAUCACCGAAGAUGGCGGUAGUAAUAGCGCUCUGUCACGCGUGCGCCGGCCACAUCUACCACCACCGGAAGUCACCGAUUUGAAGUUAAACUAUCGCACCUGCUGCGAAUAUCGCCGUCAGUUGUCGGAACCUGAAAAGCUACCCAAAUACACGGGCUAUCUGUCCGAGUAUGGGCUGAGUCGACAGCAGCUCGAGCUGCGUGAGGAAAGUCUGCAACGCAAGCAACGUUAUGCGCUACAGCAGGCGUUGGAGGCAAACGAUGCCGAAAUGAAUAAGAUGCAUGACAAUGAACGCGCCUUCACCACGUGGUUGAGAAACAAAAUGCGCUUCCCAAUCAAUAAGACGCGCAAUAUGUUCGAUGUGAAGCGACGCAGCUUGGAUGUUGGGAUGGGCGGAGGUAGCGGUGGCGCUUGCGGUGGUAAUAGCGCAGUGCGAAAUGGUAGCGGAAAACGGAAAUGAGAGGAGGGAAGGCGGAGGAGAUGGAUGAUAGUAAGAUGGAUUUUCAGUGAAAUUUUGGGUUAGUAAAAAGGUGUAGUAAUCAAUAAAUAUUUACUUUAUACGAUGUAUAGUUCAAAGUA